CGCUGUGAAGGGGACGCGAUUACUUGGUCACAUGGUCGCAUCAGUUUCUCACUCCUUUGAGGCAGAUCCUCGCGAACACUCUCACAUUCAAACUCACACUACAUCUGAAAUUCCCCCUUUUUAACGAGGGGAGAGGAGUGUCGUUGUGCGAGAGUCGCAUUUUUCGCAGUGUUGUUUAAUUUUUUGGAUUUUUUUUUUGUGGAGUGUUGGAGGUGUUUUGUCGAGUUUAAUCCUCCUGAGGUAAUCUGGGAUUCAGAGCGGGAAAAGAGAUGCGCUCAAGCGCUCACUGGACUUUCACUCUGUGAGUCGCAAACAGGUGAAGACUAGAGCAGGAAAAUACAGUAGAGAUGAGUGAAGAGUCAAGACAGGAGGUGGUGACGACUCCUCCCAGCAUGGGGCAAAAAGAACGUUACUUUGACCGCAUCAAUGAGAAUGACCCCGAAUACCUGCGUGCACGCAACAUGUCGCCUGACCUGCGACAAGACUUUAACAUGAUGGAGCAGAAGAAAAGAGUCACACAGAUGCUACAAAGUCCAGCAUUUAGGGAUGAGCUGGAGGGACUGAUCCAGGAACAGAUGAACAAGGGGAAUAACCCUGCCGGACUGCUCGCUCUGCGGCAGAUCGCAGACUUCUUCAUGGCCAGCUCUGUGGCCGGAUUCUCCACCUCUCCCCUCAGUUUGGGCAUGGUGACUCCAAUAAAUGACCUGUUCAGUGUGGAGUCCUCUACUAUGGUGAAGGGAGAGAAGCAGACCCGCUGCAAACUGGCCAGCCUCUACAGACUAGUUGACCUGUUCAGUUGGGUUCAUUUCACAAGCUGUUACAUAACCGUUCGUGUUAGUAAGGAGCAGGAUCAUAUCCUCAUCAUCCCCAGAGGACUGUCAUUUGCUGAGGCCUCUGCAUCCAAUCUGAUGAAGGUGAAUAUUCUUGGUGAUGUUGUCGAUCAGGGUUCCACCAACCUGCAGAUUGACCCGGCUGGCUUCAGCCCUCACGCUGCCAUCUACUCCAUGAGGCCCGACGUGCGCUGCAUCAUUCACAUAAGCACACCGGCUACUGCUGCUGUGUCGUCUAUGAAGUGCGGUAUUUUGCCAAUUUCUCAAGAGGCUCUCAUCUUGGGUGACAUCGCCUACUACAACUACCAAGGCAGCCUGGAUGAGCAGGAUGAGCGUAAAGAGCUCCAGAAAGCUCUCGGACCCUCCACCAAGGUGUUGGUUUUAAGGAAUCAUGGGGUUGUUGCUCUCGGGGAGACCAUUGAAGAGACCUUCCACUACAUUUACAAUGUCAAAAUUGCCUGUGAGAUUCAGGUGAAUGCAUUCUCAUGUGCGGGGGGAAUGGAAAACUUGAUCGUGUUGGAUCUAGAACAGUAUAAAUCCCGUACGCAGGGGGUGGCAGAAGCCGGAGUCAACAUGGGCUCUCAACACAAAUGGAGACUGGGAGAGCUGGAGUUUGAGUCACUCAUGAGAAUGCUGGACAACCUGGGUUACAGAACAGGCUACACAUACCGGCACCCUAUUGUGCGGGAGAAACCACGCCAUAAGAGCGAUGUGGAGAUUCCAGCGACGGUAACUGCAUUCAUGUUUGACGAUGAUGAUGCUCCACGCUUCCCUCUAAAGUUGCAACAACAGAGACAGCAGAGAGAGAAAACACGCUGGCUCAAUUCACCCAACUGCUACAUGAAAGUUAAUGUUGCAGAAGGAGCUAGCGAGGAGAAUGGCCGCCCCAAGACCAAGUGGAUGAAGUCAGAUGAAGGGAGUAACACCAGUGGUACUCCAAUCUGCAUUGAAGAUCCCAACCAGUUUGUCCCUCUGAACACAAACCCCAAUGAAGUCCUACAGAAGAGAAAUAAGAUCCGUGAGCAAAACCGCUUUGAUAUGAUGACAGCUGGCCCACAGUCACAGCGGCUUGCAGGAAUUGUGGUGGAAAGACCGCCGCCAUACAUGGGCAAUGACGAGGAACAGAUGGGCCCUCUACCUCCUAACCCCUUCAGUGAUGAGCAUGAGGGAUACCACAAAAGAUUAGAUUGCCAGCAUCUCUGCAUUGAUGAUGACGAUCUUGAGCAGCUCACAUCAGAUGAUGCUUCCACACUGUCUCAGUCUGUGUCCCAAACUCAUUCUCCACAAAACACUCCAGCUACAGAAGAGAACCACACCGGUGUGCUGCUGAAUGGUAAAGACAACCACGGUGGUGAGGAGGAGCUCAUCAAGCGUGUGAGUCAGCUGACCACCAGCGUGGAAAGCAUGGAGAUAAAUGUGCGUUCGGGAGAGAAAAUCGAAGAGGCUUUGACGCCCGAGAGCUCGCCCUCCAAAUCUCCCAACAAGAAGAAAAAGAAGUUCAGAACCCCAUCAUUCCUGAAGAAGAACAAAAAGAAAGAGAAGGCUGAAGCCUAGAGGAGACUAGAUCAUGCCCACCCUGUCUGUGUGUCUCUGUCGUUUAAAGUUUUUAAGUUGUCGUUUUCUUUUUUUUUUUUUUUUUUUAGUUCAUUGACAGAAAAAAAACAUGGCACAUUUUUGGGGGAGUUAAAGGGGUGAAUAGAUGGAGUGACGUCCAUGUUUAGCAUGUGCCCUGUUCGAAUGGUCAUGAAAAUAGAAACCGUUUGAAUGGUUUUAAAUGGGAAGAGAAGUGAUCGAAACUCCUGGGAAACUUGCUCCUCACCUUAUGAAAAAGACUGAGAACACAGAUGUAGUCCUUAUGAUUUUAAUCUCAUUAAUGAGCCCAUACUGUAUUGUUAUUUUUGUAAUACUGUAUGUUUUUGAGUUGAGCAUACAGACCCUUUUAUGAGCCCCUUUUCUAGCUGCCACAUCAUCUCUCAUGGUGUCAGUUCUGCUUGUGCUGUUUCUCCCACUGUAGGUGGACGGUAGGUGUAAUUGGUUACACUACACAGGAGACACUUAAUAAUCACACUGGAAACUGUUCUGGGAUUAUUUUAAUAGGGUUGUGUUUUUUUAUUUUUUUUAUUAUGUUGUCUGUGAUUUUUGAAGAAAUGGGUCUGAGAUUAGCAGCCACAAACUGCACGUGUGAUAAUCCUGUGUAGAGCCUCUCCAAUCUCCUCUGUGCUGUUCUUUGCCAAACAAAAUAUUUAAAAGGAAGAAAAGAAAAAAAAGCAAUCACGUUUUAGUGAACUGUAAUCUUGUCCGUCUUUUCUGGCAUUUUGAUUUCACAGACUCCUCUUUUGGUAUGAAAUAUUGUAUCUUUUUUUAAAAUUGAAACAAUUUAGUUUUUAUCCAUUCAGUUUUUUACUCGUUUCUAUACUUUAACGAUUGAAAACUCGAAAUUUUGAUGCAUGUUUUGCUAGAGUAUGAAUUAUAUGGCUGAUAAUGUAGUGGUGCCUGAAUUCUUCAGUCGUGUAAUAGCUCAGAUUACUAAACAAAUGUAACAAAAAAUAUAUAUGAGAAAACUGGAGUGAUGUUAAUUACAUAUAGAUAUAUAAUAUUUUUCUGCUGCACUUUUUAAUGUGGUAUAUACAGCAAAACGAGUAUAUGAAUGAUUUCAGUAGCUGAAGGAGAUUUGAAGAGAAGGAAUGAUAGAGGCAAAAUACAAAAAACAUAAGUGAGAAAUAUUUUGGCAUAUUGAAAAAGGGCGGAGAAGGGAAACUCAAAAUAUAAGGAAAUAUAUAUAUUUGUUAACUGUAUUUUUUUUUUUGUGUGUGUUUGGGUCCUAAAGAAAUGCAGAAGUACAUGCUUAUGACUCAUGGGUGUUUGGUUAAAAUCUUAUAAAUGCAAAUCAUCUCAUUCAUAACACAAUGUUUAAACUUCUCUUUAAUUUUGGGCCUUUGUUUCCAUUGUAUGUCACACAUGACAUUUCAUUACAGUCAUAAAUCACCCCAUCACAUUCCCGCAGACUUAUAAAGGGCUUAAAGGAAUAGUUAAACCCAAAAGGGAAAUUAUGUCAUUAUUUACUCACUCUUUUGUGGUUACAAACCAGUAUGCUGUUAUGAAGAGAGAAAAAACACACCACAAAUGUAAUCCAUUUAACUUGCACUCUGUAUUCCAAAUCUUCUGAAGCCAUUUGACAUCUUUCUCUGAGGAACAGACCAGAAUUUAUGUCAAUCAAAAUAAAUGACUUCAAAAGAUCUCGAAUCAUAUCUACUUUUAUAAUGCUUUUUUAGUUUUGAAGCCACCUGGGAGCUUAACAGUCACCGUACAUUAUCAUAAUUUCGAAAAAAAGAUGCAUCAAGAUUCUUCAAAAUUCCCAAUUUUUUGUUCCACAGAGAAACAUAACACACAGGUUUAGAACAAUAUUAGGGUUUAUGUAAAUAUUGACAGGAUUUAAAUUUUUGCAGGAAAUUCUCUGUAGUGUCAGUGGUAAAAUGAUUACCUGGGAAUCUGCAUUCUGCUGUUAUUUUCUGUUUAAAAGUGGAUCUCUGUCAAAUGCAAGCUCAUUGCUGUGCGGUCAGGGUUGCUUGUUUUACUGUUUUGAAGUGACGCAGCUCUGCUGAAAGAACGAAGUCAGGUUUGCCACCAAAAGCUAAUCUUUUACGGUUUUUAAAUUAGCAGGGAGAAGUUUGACCUCAGUUUGAACUCCCAUCAAGCCCCGAUGUGGUCAUCAUAUAUCCCAGAGGGGGAGACAGGACCACAGAGAGUGAUGUAUCCCAGUGGGCAAUGUGAAGUACCUACGUAGGCAUGAAAAGAGACAUUUCUAAGCUGUGUAAAUAGCAAGUGGUUUUGAAUGCGAGCCAGACAUGAAUGAAACCCAUUUAAAGCUGGCCCAGUUGUGAGUUUAGGCAGAGAGAACGGGGCGGGCGAGAGAUGUAACUAGUUUAAUUUGCUUUAAAUUGCAUUUAACUUUUGUUGGUUUUGGCUCUUUCCAGUUUCCAUGUGCACUGCGGUUUUGCUUUCAGGAAGUUUUUGAUUUUACAGUUUAAGAAUAACCAUACAAGCACCAAACUGUUCUCAGCUCAAGGAAUGUGCAUCACCUUUUUCUUUCUUGCGCGUUUCUUCUUUCUUCUUCUUUUUACCCCCUUCUGGCCAUUGUGCACCUUGAUUUACUAAUGCCUCUGUUGUAGACUUUGAUUCAGAAGGCCUGUUGUUUUGGCAUGCAAGUUUGAGCCAAGCAUCUUUGUGACCUGUGAAAUCGUAUAUAUAAAAAUGCUUAUCUAAUAAACUUGCUUUUAGUUGUAUUGCUAAUCAGUGUAAAUUCACAAACAAAUAAACUAUUUUAAGAAGCAAACGCUAUGCUCAAAGUCUGUGGAGAAACACUGCAUUUCACUCUUUUUUUUUUUUUCUUCUUUUUUUUUCUGCGUCUGUAUGCAUUUAAAGUCAUUCAUUGCAUUUAUCAGUUCUCAUUCACAUUUCAGUUAUACAAUGCAAAAUAACUUUUAAAUAAACAGGUAUUUCUUAUUAUACAUAAGCAGUAAACAUUUAACAAAGGGAUGGUUCACCCAAAAAUGAAUAUUCUGUCAUCAUUUAUUCACACAUAUGUUCUUCCAAACCAUUUGACUUCAUUCCUAAGAACAAAAAGAUGUUUCAUUAACAUUAGUUAAUGCAUUAGGUAUCACGAAUAACAUUCAAUAAUUUAUUAAGCUUUGUUGAUUAUAAGUUAAUAAAAUUACAAUUAUUCAUUGUUGGUUCGUGUUAGUUCCUAGUGCAUUAACUAAUGUUAACAUAUACAACUUUUAAUUUAAAAAAAUAUGUUACUAUGUGUUGAAAUUAACAAACUAAAAUUAAUAAAUCCUAUUAAGGAUUGUUCAUUGUAAAUUCAUGUUAACUUCUGUUAACAAAAUUAACCUUAUUGUAAAAAGUAAACUUUUUUUUUAAUAUACAGCAUAAGCAUACACUUCAAAAUGAACACAAUAAUAAAGAUGUUUGUAUGACUUGUGCGCUAUAUUCCAAGUCUUCUGAAUAAAAUUUAAUGUUUAAAUACUCAAAAAUAAACUCUUGAAAUUAGUUUUCUUAGCUUAAAAAUACAAUGUAAUCCUAACGCAAAUACUUUGUGAAUAGGGAACCUAACUGAAUUAGGUAAACCCAACAAAAUUUGACAGAGUAUCUCAAAUGAAUCUUUUAUUUCUUCAUAUACUAGCUAAUGACCAUGAAUGUUGGCAUGCUAAAUGCAUGUUGGUGUGAAGCUCUAAAUAGUGCAUCUUGGUUGCUAUGAUACAAGCAUGGAAAUUGUAAACUUUUAUAUUUAGCAACUCAGUGAAAUUAAGUUCACUUGAUUACAUGCAUUUUUUGAGUAAUAUAGACAAGGGGAGAUUGAACAAUAGUGCAAGUAGACAGCCUAUGACAUGCUGUCAAUUUCCACAGACAAAAAUGUCCACAUCCAUCAGUUUGCAUAAAACAUGUCGAUGGUUACAAGCUUACAAUGGAAGCCUAAGGGGCAACGCACGGCCAUUUUGUACAUUAUGCAAAAUGUCUCCCUUUCAUUGAACGACACGAGGGUGACUAAAUGAUUGCAGAACUGUAACUGGGGCCUUUUAGAAGAUGUCAUUUCUAGAAUGAGGAAGUUGUUUUAAAGAUCUUUUGGCUGUGGUCAAAGUUUCACUGUUAUUCUCACUUUCAGUUCUGGGACUUCUGACACAGCAAAACAAUUUCCUGAAUAUCACGUGUAUAUUUGUAACUUCAUACUCGUACAGAAACAAGAAGUGUUAGUUCCUAGAACUUGCAUAUUGCAUUUAUUUAUGAGAUGGUAAUAGAAGCACUCAAAUAUUUAAUUGAACAAAAGUACCUUCUUGUCUUUUAGCACAUUAAUAUUCAGUAUACACCAAAACUACUGAAGACCACCCCUGCUAGAAGCUAUUGAAUAAUGUCUCUGUAUAGCAGAAACAACACUUUUACUUCACAAACAGACUAUUCUCAAAGAAUAUAAUGCAUUUCUAACAUCCAUAUAUCAAGUAUCAUUUUGUGGUUUCCUUUUAACUUAUCUGAGAAUAAAUAUGCAUUUGAUUACUUUUGGACAAGUAACAGCCUGUUAGUGUGAAAGAAAGGCGCUUUACUGUUGUGCUUGUGCCAAUGUGCCUUUCUGCAUUGUUCCCACAAAUGCAACACCUGAAAUAUGCAACAUAUGCAUUUGACUUGGACACUGACUCGAGUCACAUGGCUGUAUGUGUUAGUUAAACACUAUGCAUGAAAGUGGGCGUUAUUCUAGAUGAGGCUGAUUUUGGAUGCAGAUUUGCUGGUCAGAAAGGGUUCAGGAUAGGCUGAUUAUAGAUUGGUGAUGUUAAGGCCAUGUUGCUUUCAGUAUACCUCUAUGGACAUCUAAUUUGAUUCUGAAUCCUCUCUCAUAUAACUUUCAUAGUUCCUGUUUAGAGCCACGGAAUAAUGUCCUGAGGGCAGAUCUGGGGUCAGCCUCUGCAUAGUAAAAGACUGAAACAAAAAGGUGAAAUUGUUUUCAGAUUAGCCUCUAAUGGUGACCCAAAUAUGAAUGUUUUGAAUGUGUUUUGGUUGUUUACAAAGCAUCUAUAUUAAAUGGAAAUGAGUCAAAGGCAUUGUGACUUCUUGUGACUUUAUUGUGUUUUUAUAACCACUUUAUUUAAAUUCCUGUUGUGAAUUUCCUGAGACUAGACUAGAUUUAACUUUGUUGUCAUUGUGCAGAACAGCUACAGAGCCAAUGGAAAAUGGUUAGCAUCUAACCAGAAG